UCUCGAUUCCUCAUCAUAACACGCUUCUCUCACUACACACCCACUCCAAAGCUGCGCCCACGCCACACCACCAUGACUUCCUCCAUUUUCUACAAGUUCAAGAACUCGAGAGACAGCGAGCGCAUCAUCUUCAACGGAACUGACUUGAGCGUAUUCGAGCUCAAGAAGGAGAUUAUCAGCGCGAGCGGCCUGGGCGACGGCACCGACUUCAACCUCCACAUCUUCCCGCAAGAUGACCCUGCUUCCGAAUACAAAGACGACACGACGCUGAUCCCGCGCUCCUCGACGGUGAUUGCCAUACGGCGCCCCGCCCCCAAAGGCCAGGGCAGGGCCGCCCGCUACGUCACAGGCAAAGCGCCGUCACGCGCAAUCACAACACAAACCAAGCCCGCGGCGCCUUUGCCCGCCACAAGCAAUGCGACGCCAGAAGACGCAGAGGCUGCUUUCCUGGCAGAGUCGGCCAUGGCAUGGGACGCACAGAAAGAAGCCCUCUCACACGCGAAGCCCGUGUACCGCAAGAACAACACCAAAAACGUCGUUGUUCCGUCGCACCCGCCGCCACCAGGCUAUGUCUGCCGUCGCUGCAACAUCAAAGGCCACUGGAUCCAGGCCUGCCCUACCAACGACGACCCCGACUUCAAGCCCGUCUUCCAAGCCAAGCGCACGACGGGCAUCCCGCAGUCGUUCCUCAAAAAGGUCGAGAAGCCUGUUGACGAGGAGGCUGCAAAGGGCGUCAUGCUCAACGCCGACGGUGAAUACGUACAAGUUAUGACAGACACAAAAGCAUGGGAUAAGUUUCAGGAAAAGACAAACGCAUCGCGUGCGCGCGCGGCGAGCGCAGAUGCCGCCAGCAAAGAGCUCCGCGAACGCGGACUCGAAUGCCCAAUCGACAACCAAAGAUUUGUCGACCCAGUCAAGACGCCUUGUUGUGGUAAGACAUACUGCCGUGAGUGCAUCGACAAUGCGCUCGCAGACGGAGAUUUGGUUUGCCCCAACUGUGCUAAGGAGGAUGUGUUGAUGGAUGAUCUUAUUGCCGACGAUGAUAUGGUCAAGUCUCUCAAGGCAUACGACGCAGAGAAGGCAGCAGAGAAGGAGAAGGCAAAGGCAGCAGUUGCUUCAACAAAUGAAUCAGUUUCUCAAUCACAUGCUACUGACAACGCAAAUUCUUCUGUCGCAAAUGACACUACCAAUACUCCUAGUGCUACUACUGCGGCGGUGGCGGACGAAGCCUCCGAUACUGACUCUACCUCUUCCAAAAAGCGCAAAGAGCCGCCGACAGACAUCAAGCCACCUACCGCGCCAAAGGCGAUGCGUCAAGCCGCCGACCCCGCGUCCAAAAUGGAACAGGAAUUCAUCCAGCAAAUGGAAAUGCUCAAGAACGCGCCAAUGGGCCCCAUGGGCAUGCCCAUGAACUUGAACAUGCCCAUGCCCAUGCAGAUGCCAAACCCCAUGGCCUUUCAAACCGGUUUCCAGAUGGGCUUUCCACAGCAACAGCAACAACAACAACAAGCCGGAGGACCACAACAACAAGCCUGGUUCCCCCAGCAGCAAAACUUUGGAUAUGGCCAACAUCAACAACAGUUUGGUCAGCAGUUUGGCCAGCAACACCAGCAGUUUGGAUGGGGCGCCCCUAUGCAAGGGCAAUGGGGUGUUGGUGUUGGCGCGGGCCUCCAGCAACAACAACAACAACAAAAUCAACUACAACAACAAGAUAACGACGCCUACGACAGACAACCGGUGAAUCCCCGAGGCCGAAACCGCCGUUCCCGCGCCCCAGAUUACAGAUACCUAUAA